CGCCGCCGCCGAGGCCCCCGUUGAUGCCGCAGAGCUCCCCCAGCGCCGCCGCCACCGCCUCCGACAUGGACAAGAACAGCGGCCCCAGCAGCUCCUCCGCCUCUUCGGGCAACAGCAAAGGGCAACAGCCGCCUCGCUCCGCCUCUGCGGGGCCGGCCGGCGAGUCUAAACCCAAGAGCGAUGGAAAGAACUCAAGUGGAUCCAAACGUUAUAAUCGCAAACGUGAACCUUACUGCCCCAAAAAUGAAAAUUUUAGCAACCAGUCCCGUCGCUCCAAUUCACAGAAAAGCAAAACUUUUAAUAAGAUGCCUCCUCAAAGGGGCGGCGGCAGCAGCAAACUCUUUAGCUCUUCUUUUAAUGGUGGAAGACGAGAUGAGGUAGCAGAGGCUCAACGGGCAGAGUUUAGCCCUGCCCAGUUCUCUGGUCCAAAGAAGAUCAACCUGAACCACUUGUUGAAUUUCACUUUUGAACCCCGUGGCCAGACAGGUCACUUUGAAGGCAAUGGACAUGGCAGCUGGGGACGAAGGAACAAGUGGGGGCAUAAGCCUUUUAACAAGGAGCUCUUUUUACAGGCCAACUGCCAAUUUGUGGUGUCUGAUGACCAAGACUACACAGUUCAUUUUGCUGAUCCUGAUACCUUAGUCAAUUGGGACUUUGUGGAACAAGUGCGUAUUUGUAGCCAUGAAGUGCCAUCUUGCCCAAUAUGCCUAUAUCCACCUACUGCAGCCAAGAUAACCCGUUGUGGACACAUCUUCUGUUGGGCAUGCAUCCUGCAUUAUCUUUCACUGAGUGAGAAGACCUGGAGUAAAUGUCCCAUCUGUUACAGUUCUGUGCAUAAGAAGGAUCUCAAGAGUGUUGUUGCCACAGAGUCUCGUCAGUAUGUUGUUGGUGAUACCAUUACGAUGCAGCUGAUGAAGAGGGAGAAAGGGGUGUUGGUGGCCUUGCCCAAAUCCAAAUGGAUGAAUGUCGACCAUCCUAUUCAUCUAGGAGAUGAACAGCAUAGCCAGUACUCCAAGUUGCUGCUGGCCUCUAAGGAGCAGGUGCUGUGCCGGGUUGUCCAGGAAGAGAAGAUAGCGCUGGAGCAGCAGCUGGCAGAGGAGAAGCACAGUCCCGAAUCCUGCUUUAUUGAGGCAGCCAUCCAGGAGCUCAAGACUCGGGAAGAGGCUCUGUCAGGAGAGGCUGAAAGCAGAGGGGAGGUCACUGGUGUCGUGGCUGCUCUGGAACAACUGGUGCUGAUGGCUCCCUUGGCAAAGGAGUCCAUAUUUCAACCCAGGAAGGGAGUGCUAGAAUAUCUGUCUGCUUUUGAUGAAGAAACCACCGAAGUGUGUUCUCUGGGCUCUUCUCGUCCUCUUGGUCUCCCUCUGGUAGAGGAAGAGGAAGUAGUAUCUGAACCGGAGCCUGACCUGAGGGGUUGUCCAGAGGCCUGUGAUGACUCGGAGUUAGCAGAUGACAAUCUUGGAGAGGGGACCAUUUGUACUGAGUCCAGCCAGCAGGAACCCAUUGCCGAUUCAGGCUUCACACACCCGAGCAGCUCUCCUUGUUACUACUUUUACCAAGCGGAGGAUGGGCAGUACAUGUUCCUGCAUCCUGUGAACGUGCGCUGCCUCGUGCGGGAGUAUGGCAGCCUGGAGCAGAGCCCUGAGAAGAUCUCAGCGACGGUGGUGGAGAUCGCUGGGUAUUCCAUGUCUGAGGAUGUUCGGCAGCGUCACAGGUACCUCUCUCACUUGCCGCUCACCUGCGAGUUCAGCAUCUGUGAACUGGCUCUGCAGCCUCCGGUGGUCUCUAAGGAAACCCUGGAGACAUUCUCAGAUGACAUUGAGAAGAGGAAGCGCCAGCGCCAAAAGAAGGCUCGGGAGGAGCGCCGUCGAGAGCGCAGGAUCGAGAUGGAAGAGAACAAGAAACAGGGCAAGUACCCAGAAGUCCACAUUCCCCUAGAGAACCUACAACAGUUUCCUGCCUUCAAUUCCUAUACUUCCUCCUCCGAUUCUGCUUUGGGUCCCACCAGCACUGAGGGCCAUGGGGCUUUCUCCAUUUCUCCUCUUAGCAGAAGUCCAGGUUCCCAAGCAGACUUUCUGCUGACCCCUGUGUCCCCCACUGCAAGUCAGGGCAGUCCUUCAUUCUGUAUUGGGAGCCUGGAAGAAGACUCUCCCUUCCCUUCUUUUGCCCAGAUGCUGAGAGUUGGGAAAGCAAAAGCAGAUGUGUGGCCCAAAACUGCUCCAAAGAAAGAUGAAAACAGCCUAGUCCCUCCUGCGCCUGUGGACAGUGACGGGGAGAGUGAUAACUCAGACCGUGUUCCUGUGCCCAGUUUCCAGAAUUCCUUCAGCCAAGCUAUCGAAGCUGCCUUCAUGAAACUGGACACGCCAGCUACUUCAGAUGUCCUCUCUGAAGACAAAGGAGGAAAGAAAAGGAAAAAACAGAAACAGAAGCUCCUGUUCAGCACCUCAGUUGUCCACACCAAGUGACACUACUGGCCCAGGCUACCGUCUCCAUCUGGUUUUCUUUUUUCUGUGCUUUUGUUUUGCUGCUGUAAUUUUUAAGUUUUUGAGUUUGAACAGAUUAGUUCUGGGGGGAGGGGGUUUCCACAACAUGAGGGGGAACCAAGAUUUUAAAUACAGUGUAUUUUCCAGCUUCCCGUCUUUACACCAAAAUAAAGUGUUGACACUCAUGA